AUGCGUCCCGCCAAUUUCCUCCGGGCUCUUCAGCCCCUGCGCUCCUCCAUGAUGCGCUCCACCACCACUACUUCCUCCACAACAGCGCCCUCUCUAUACCAGACCACCCUGCGCUCCCUCACGACCACCGUCCCCCGACUCAACGAGCAACAGCAACAACAACCACAACAACAAGAAGCCGACCUAUCUUCUUCCACUACUACUACCACCACCGCCGCCGUCCCCCCCUCCCUCCGCAGCUACCCCUACAAGACCAAGACCGGCACCGUCGUCUCCGUCGGCCGCAUGGACCGCACCGUCCGCGUCAGCCACCGCCACACCAUCUGGGACGCACACAUCCAGAAGCCCUACCCCAAGAUAACGAACUACCUGGUGUCGGAUCCGCGGAACUCGCUGCGCGAGGGCGACGUCAUUGAGUUCUCGUCCGGCUACCCGAAGAGCCGGAAUGUGCGCCACGUUGUGGAGAGAAUCAUUGCGCCGUUUGGAUCCGCUAUUGAGGAUAGACCGGCUGUUUUGACUCGUGAGGAGAGGGAUGCUGAGCGUGCGGCUAAGAGGGCUGCUAAGUGGGAGCGUAGAGAGGCGAGGAGGGCCGAGGCUGGUGUGUCUGAGAGUGAGGGGAAGGGUGGGGAGCAUGUUGGGAGGAUUAGGAGGUUGGUGCUUGAGAGGACUGGAGGGGUUGAGGUUUAG